AUGACCGUCUCAUAUCCUUUUCAGACCGUUUUCGCGGUGCCCAUGACAUGUGACAGCUGCGUCAAGGACGUUUCAGACUCGUUGUACAAGCUGGGGGGCAUCACCAAGGUCGAGGCCGAUCUCAAGGACCAAUUACUCUCCGUCGAGGGCACAGGCGCUGCUGUCAGCAUUCUCGAGUCUUUCUAUCAGGCAGACGGCAAUGGCGGUGCAUCAAAGUGGGAUGAUGAGCGAACCCGAGAUGUCAGGGGACUGGCUAGAAUGGUGCAGGUGUCUCCCACCACCACCCUGAUUGACUUGACUCUUCGCGGCGUAGCCCCCGGCUCCUACCGAGCAACAAUCCGUGAGUAUGGUAACUUGGAGACGGGCGCCUCAUCGACGGGCCCUGUCUGGUCGGGAGGCAGCGAAGGCGCCGCUGCCAAGGGAUUCUUGGGCACCUUUGAAGUCGGCAAGGAUGGAAGAGGCAGCGCCUACCUCGACAAGCCCUUGCAGAUCUGGGAAAUCAUUGGCCACGCUAUGGUCGUCUCGAGACAGGAUGAGUCUGCGGGGAUCCUGAAGAAUGACCCGGACACGGUCGUCGGCGUGAUUGCCAGGAGUGCAGGCGUGUGGGACAAUGAUAAGACAGUCUGCUCAUGCACGGGCAAGACGCUGUGGGAGGAGAGAAAGGAUGAGGUCCAGAAGGGCAUGUUGUAG